AGGGAGAUAAAAGGGCGUCGCGGGGCUUUGCUGGGCACGAGCUUCUCACCCCGGGGAGAAUCGUCCUCCUCCUGCUGCUGCCGCUGCCGCCGCUCCUGGUCUGCACCCAUUUGACACCGAGACGGGUAUUCGCCUUUCUGCAACGCCUCCAUCCCGUUAAGCAGACUAAAGUCAUGUUACACUGGGGAUACGAGGAAGACAACGGACCUACUCACUGGAAGGAAAUUUUCCCCAUUGCUGAUGGAGACCGUCAAUCUCCCAUUGAUAUUCACACUGAAGAGACUAAAUAUGACCCCAACCUGCUUCCCCUCAGCCCCAGCUAUGAUCCUUCCUCUGCUAAAGUCAUACUCAAUAAUGGACACUCCACCAGUGUGGAAUUUGAUGACACUGAAAAUAAAUCAGUGCUAAGUGGGGGUCCACUCACUGGAAAUUAUAGGCUGCGACAAAUCCACUUCCACUGGGGGGCUAAUGAUGACAUUGGUUCUGAACAUACUGUGGAUGGAGCAAAAUUCCCAGCAGAGCUUCAUGUGGUGCAUUGGAAUGCAGAUAAAUACCCCAGCUUCGUUGAAGCUGCCCAGCAACCUGAUGGGUUAGCAGUCAUGGCUGUUUUCUUAAAAUUGGGUGAAUGCAAUUCACAACUCAAAAAAAUCACAGACGAACUGGAUACCAUUAAAAUGAAGGGUAAACAACACAGGUUCACCAAUUUUGAUCCUUCCUGUCUUCUCCCUCAUUCACUGGACUACUGGACAUACCUUGGGUCUCUCACAGUCCCUCCACUUCUCGAGAGUGUCAUUUGGAUCAUCCUUAGGGAACCUAUAAGUGUUUGCUCUGAACAGCUGGCCAAAUUUCGCAACCUCCUGUGUACUGGUGAAGGAGAGCAUGCCUAUUGCAUGCUGAAAAACUUCAGACCACCACAGCCUUUAAGGGGGCGGGAAGUAAGAAGAAAUUAAAGGAAGGAUAAUUUGUGAUAGUAGUUGACCACUGUUAUGGAUGCAAAACCCAUUUAAAAUAUUGAUCUUAUUUUUUAAAAAAGAUAUUUUAAUUUGAAGCUUUUAUUUUUAAAUUGUAGGAAUUUUUAUGGAAAUAUUUGUGAGUAGAGUAGAGUAGAGUAGAGUAGAGUAGAGUAGAGUAGCCAUUAUUAUGAUUCCUGACAAUUACAAUAUAUAAUCUUGCCCCUACAAUAUAAAUCCCAAAUAAAAAUCUAGGGAUUUGUAUAAAAUAACAGUAAAUGCAAAGUAUGUGUAAGUAGUGAGAUGAUAAGGAGAAAUAGAACAGGAACUAAAAUACUUAUAUUUUAAUAUAAGGAUAAUCAGGAUAUAACCACUAUAAUAAAUAUCUUUAUAUAAUGAUAAAUAUUACUAUGUUUUAGUGAUACAAUAUUUUUGUUCAAUAUUUGAUUCACUAUUUUAAAUAGAUUUUUUUGCAGUUUGACUAUGCUAGAGAGUCAAGGCACUCCCUUUUUAUUAAGAAUAUAAUUAAUAACAUAAGAUGUAAUUGGAUUGCAAUAUGAUAUAAUCAAUCAAAUUUAUUCUGAGUUGUAGUUAAUAUUAAUAUUACAUUUUGUGGUCUGAAUGAGCGUCAUGCUGUUAUUUGAUUGUGCUGUUAUUUGAUUGUGGUGUAGCAUGUUAAGUUUGAGUGACGAGGAUUCAAUAGAUGUAAUUUAGGGUUUGUGAAUGAAAUGACCUAACUAGGCAGAAGAUUAAAUGAUUUAGUCUUCCACUCUGGGAUUCUAACAAUUUGUCUUCAAAACAUCCUAGGAAUUGAAGAAACUCAAUAGGAAAUUAUUCAGCUAAUUAGACUAGAAAGCAAGAAUAGCAAGACACUUAAAAAAUUCAAACAACUAAAAAUAUAAUGAUGGCAACACGUUUCUUUUUUAAAAUCUUUUUAUCAGUGAUAAAACAAGGGUUUUUGCUUCCAUUCAGAAGUGAAUUUUGAAUUGAAAUGUGCUCGUUGAGUUAUAUAAUCUGUAUGCUAAUUGGUUACAUAAGGUUGUGAAUGAUGAUUUGGAGAUGGCAUUGUUUCAUAUUUUUUAAAACUAAGGGUCUUAAUAUUUUCAUGCUAUUUAAAUAAUUUUAUUAAAGCAUUGUUAAGGAGUCAGCAGUAAUUUUGAAUCAAGGCAAGGAGUAAAUGAACAAUAUUGGUCUAUGCUCUUAUAUUAGACAUUUUUUAAAGAAACGUUUACUGACAAUAAAUUAAGUUUUCUUCUAA